AGAAGUCAUUAUUACGAUUAACAGAGGAGCAAACACUUUCUUCUAUAAGCCAACUAAGCCGAGCAAACGAGAGAAAAAUGGUGUCUAUGUGUCGACAGAUCCUAGGCUUGUCCCUGGGACUUAUUGGUUUCUUGGGAGCGAUUAUCGUUUGCGCCCUUCCCAUGUGGAAGAUGACUGCAUUUAUUGGAGCCAACAUCGUGACAGCACAGAUCAUUUGGGAGGGCUUGUGGAUGAACUGUGUGGUCCAGAGCACAGGACAGAUGCAGUGCAAAAUCUAUGACUCGCUCCUGGCUUUACCUCAGGACCUGCAGGCUGCUCGGGCGCUUGUGAUCAUCGCCAUCAUCAUAUGCCUCUUUGGGGUCAUCCUGGGGAUUGCCGGUGGAAAAUGCACCAACUUUGUUGAGAGGGAAGACAGCAAGGCAAAGGUGGCUAUCGCCAGUGGUGUGAUCUUCAUCAUUGCUGGAGUGUUGGUCCUGGUCCCAGUCUGCUGGACAACAAACACCAUCGUCAGGGAUUUCUACAAUCCCCUUCUCACAGAUGCCCAACGGAGGGAGCUGGGGCCUUCUAUCUAUAUCGGAUUCGGUGCGGCUGCACUGCUGCUCCUUGGAGGAGGCAUUCUGUGCAGCUCCUGCCCACCUAAAGAAGAAAAAUACAACAUCAAGUACUCUCAGCCAAGGUCCACAGCCACCAGCAAAGCCUAUGUCUGAAGAUCACACACGCAAAGACUUUUUAUUUAAAAAGACUCUUUUUUUAAUUAAACCUUUUUAUUCCCAUCUGUGGAUUUCCUAA